CUAACGACCAAUUAAAUUGUCAAACUAUCAUUGCCUUACAAUAUCAGUAUAUCUUACCCUGUACCCUUGACAUUACAAUGUCACUAAAACAAGGCAGUUAAAUAGUAAAAUAUGAAGUCGAUUGACAAUAUACCGUUACGUUAUAAUAUCACUAGUGAAAUUGUAAUAUCACGGAUUUGACAAUAUAUAAGCGACAUAUACACAUCAAAAUUGAUAUGUGCUAAAACGUGAAUGUAACAUUAAGUAUAUUUUAGGACGAAAUGUUGGAAUCGAAAAAAGUUUUUGUAUUGAAAGAAGAAUCUUCUGAAGAUGUGGCAAGAGCGAUGAUUGAAGGUGGAGGUCAAAAAGAAUCAUUAUUUUUACUGGAUCUUGACGAAGUGUAUCACCGCAUACAAUAUUUUAAGUCUCGUUUGCCAAGGGUGCAAAUAUUUUAUGCAAUGAAGGCCAAUGACGUUGAACAAAUAUUGAAAAUGGCAGUUUAUACCGGGCUUGGUUUCGAUUGCGCUUCGCCUGGUGAAAUUGAUAAAGUACUUCAGCUGAACGUUAACCCAUUAAGUAUUAUAUUUGCUGUUCCAACGAAACCCGCACACUGGAUGACGUAUGCGAGAGACGUUGGAGUGAGACAUACUACCUUUGAUACCUCGUACGAGUUGAAGAAGAUAAAGCAAUAUUGGUCUGACGCGCAGUUGUUAAUCAGAAUAAAAGUCGAGGGAGACAGCAUUUACAAACUCGGUGACAAAUUUGGAUGUGAUUUUGAAACUGAAGCGAUUCAUCUUCUUGAUGAGGCUGCAGCUCUUAAUUUAAAGGUUGUGGGUGUGGCUUUUCACGUGGGUAGUGGUUGUUCUUCCGCUGACAGCCAUAUAAUAGGGCUUCAAAGAGCGAAAGCCUUGUUCGACCACGAAGAAAAAGCGGGGAGGAAAAUGAAUAUUGUUGAUAUUGGGGGUGGCUUCUUGAGUGACAGAAGAGACAGAAUUGAUCAGGUAUCUACACUCGUAAACGACGCAUUAAAGAAGCUAUUUCCUGAUCCAAAUAUUCAAAUUAUCGCUGAGCCAGGCCGCUAUAUAUGUGACUCCUCCAUGGAUCACUACAGCAGCAUUAUUAAUGUUCGAAGGAUAAUGAAGGGAGAGCAAAGUAUGAAUAUGAUAUAUAUAAAUGAUGGAUUUUUUGGCUCUUUGGGAUUCUUUGAUCCAUGGCACACUGUGAAGAGAUUUGAGACAGAAACUGAUUGUAAAGGAAAUCAGCCAGAGACAAUGAUAAUCUGGGGACCAAGUUGUGACUCAACAGACCGAGUUAUGGAAAACUUGGAUAUCAAGCUCCCGCCGUGUUCGCCAUUAGAUUGGCUCGUCUUUCCGCUCCGAGGCGCCUACACCUUCGUAUAUGCGUGUGAGUUCUCGUGCCUACAGAAGUCUUUAAUAAGAUCAGUCAUCUCUAGUGACUUAUGGAACAAGAUUAAAGGCCACGCAGUAUACAAAUCCAAUGAAUUCGUUGAAAAUCCUGUGUUGUCCGAGCCUCUUCCAUCGACGUGUCCACCUCUAAAUCACGCUGAAUGGCAUUUCAAUAAUAAUACAUUAAAAAGUUAAUGAUAAAUUUA